UAAUCAAAGGGAAAUUCGAAAGACGACGCACACUUGUCACAACAAUAUUCCUUGUAAAAAGCAGUAAAUGUGUAAAUAUGUGUUAUUGAAACUAUAUACAGUUAUUAUUUAGUAUUAACAAAGUAAUAUUAUGAGAAACACUGCUAAGAAAUGUUGAAUUCAAAUUAUUCAUAAUGAUAUAUUCAUUGCGAAACAUUUUGAGGUUACAUCGGAAACGCAACGCAUUUUCGCGUUUAAACCAUUUCCGGGCUUCAAAUGGCGAUGAAAACAGCCACGAUAACUCGAAUCGAAAUAAAAAGAAGCAAUUCGAGACACUUUUUCAACAAUAUAAAGACAAAAUAGUGUUUAAUUCGUAUCUGGAACAUGACAAAAUAGAUCUCGGCCACUAUAAAUAUCACAUAAAAUCAAUAAGACACGCUCGAAAAUCGGAAGCAAAACGAUAUGAAGAAAAGAAAUUACCGCCCUUGCCCGUCGCAUUGCAGUAUUAUGUUGAUAAAGACAGGCUGUUAGAUGAGGAAACUGUUGAAGAAAAUGAGGAAUCUCCAAAAAAUUUUCAAUUGCCUUUCUCUCGUACGACAGAUGUCAAAAUAUGUGAAGAUGAAAUUACUAUUUCCAAACUAUCCAAAGAAGAGUUUGACAGAUCGAAUAUAAAUAAGUGGAUGACAAACUAUGAACAUUUUGACGAUGCUAUGUUAUCGGAGGAUGAAAAUUAUGAUGAUUUAGAUACCCAGUGGAGUAAACAUUAUGGUACUGCAGAUCCGAUGGAACCAAUCAGCCAUGUCAACUGUGGAGGAUGUGGAGCUCUCCUGCACUGCAAUGACCCUGCUAUACCUGGUUAUUUACCAAGCGAGCUUUUUAAAGGAAGAAAAAAUGAAGAAUUGAAGAAAAUAGAAUGUCAGAGGUGUCAUUUUCUUGCAGAGUACAACAUUGCAUUAGAUGUUACUGUGCAUCCCGAAGAGUAUGAAAAACUUCUUCAAUCUAUAAGACACAUAAAAUCGUUAGUGCUACUGAUGGUGGAUUUGUUAGACUUCCCAUGCUCCUUUUGGUCAGGCAUAGUAGACAUCAUUGGCCCCGAUAGACCCAUUAUUAUAGUAGCUAAUAAGGUUGAUCUCCUCCCUGGUGACAGCAUUGGUUAUCUGAAGCGAAUAAAAGAAUCACUCAUGUCGGAAAUUAAAAAGACUAGACUGAGAGAAGCUAAUAUUAAAUAUGUUGCACUGAUAUCGGCUAAGACUGGUUAUGGUGUAGAAGACUUGAUAUCUGCCAUGUUCAAGUUAUGGUUAUACAAGGGUGAUGUAUUUCUAGUAGGCUGUACUAAUGUCGGCAAAAGCUCUCUCUUCAAUGUCCUUUUGCAAUCAGACUACUGCAAAGUGCAUGCUGUUGACAUAGUAAAGAGGGCGACAGUAAGUAGAUGGCCCGGAACGACAUUGAAUCUCUUAAAAUUCCCAAUCAACAGGCCUUCAGGGUGGAAAAUUCGCGAAAGAAGCGUCAGACUACAGUCUGAUGCGAGGCUUUUAAAGACUGAAAAAGAAAUUAGGAGAGAACAAUUAUCAGGAAAAAAUAUAUCUGAGGCUCCAGCUCUAAUCGGUCAUAUUGGACGAACAUUCAAUGAAUACCAGGUUUUUAGUGAUAACAUUGCAGAGAAACGGCAACCCAUAGAAGUACUGGACGAAAGGCAUGAAUUAUUUAAGAAAAGUAAAUGGUUUUAUGAUACACCGGGAGUCAUACAUCCAGACCAAGUACUUUCACUCCUUAGCACUGAAGAACUGCUAUUAACUAUACCAAAAAAACUUAUAAGACCACAGACUUAUUAUUUGCAUAAAGGUUCAACAUUUUUUAUCGGUGGCUUGGCAAGAGUGGAUCUCUUUGACUGCACAGAUCCGUGCCGUUUUACAAUUUUCUGCUCUGAGAAUCUUCCUAUAACUGUGGUAAAGACUGAUGAGGCGGAUGAAAUUUACAAAAAUUUCGUUGGUACUGAACUAUUCGCUGUACCAACCGGUGGUUCAGAGAGACUAAUGAAUUGGCCAGGAUUACAGAAGAAACAAGAUAACAUACAAUAUACUGGCGAAGGCCCUAAAUUAUGUUGCGGAGACAUAGUUCUUUCUUCAAUAGGUUGGGUAUCAGUGACGGCCAAAAUAGACACACGUUGUGUAGUUACAGCGUGGACUCCCGAGGGCAGAGGAAUCCACAAACGCUAUCCUUCACUAUUGCCAUAUUCCAUUAAUUUAAAAGGCAAGAGGGUCCGAGAUACACCAGCAUACAUGUUGGGAAACAUUUUUACUGAUGAAGAAUUAAAUUAGGAUUAAAUUGUUCAUAAUAAAAGUAGAAACUCAAGUUACAAUAAAUUACCAUAAAUC